AAAAAGCUAGACGUUAGACCGGGCCUCCCCGUGAGUGUUGGAGGGGCUGAUAAUCCGGAGGGCAUUGCUAACAUGUUUUUAAACCAUUUUAAAAUUGUCUCUCCACUUGGAUCGCCUCUACGGGUGCUCGAUGACGGACAUUGUCGUGAAGCCGACCAUGUGCGCUUUUCCGCAAAGCAGGUGUACAAUACAAUAAGUAAAAUGACUCGAGGAAAGUCCCCUGGUCACGACGGUCUGAGUGUUGAGCACCUGCAGCAUGCGGGUCCACACAUAGCUCGAGUGUUAGCUAUGUUUUACUCGCUGUGUAUGUGUCACUCUCAUCUUCCUACCGAUCUAAUGCGAACAAUUGUUGUACCUAUUAUUAAAAACAAAACUGGAGACGUUGCGGAUAAGAGCAACUAUCGACCCAUCUCGUUAGCUACUAUCAUUGCCAAGGUGCUGGAUAGCCAGCUGAACGCGCGUUUAGACCAGUUUUUGCGAUUACAUGAUGCGCAAUUUGGCUUCCGUAGUGACCUGUGCACGGAAACCGCCAUUCUCGGACUUAAGCAUACAGUACAAUAUUAUACAAGUCGACGUACACCUAUCUAUGCUUGUUUCUUGGAUCUCUCACGUGCUUUUGACCUCGUAUCAUAUGAUAUCUUGUGGAACAAGCUACGAGAGAGAAAUGUACCAGUCGAAUUGUUGCGUAUACUUCAGUAUUGGUACCACAACCAGAUAAACUACGUUAGGUGGGCCGAUAAGCUCUCGUCGCCAUACAGUUUGAACUGUGGAGUUAGACAAGGCGGGAUAACCUCGGCGAAACUUUUUAAUCUCUAUAUAAAUGACCUGAUUGUUGAGCUCAGCAGCAAGAAAAUUGGAUGUCGCAUUGAUGACGUGAGUAUCAAUAACAUCAGCUAUGCUGAUGACAUGGUGCUGCUGAGUCCAACAAUCAGGGCAAUGAGAAACUUACUAGCUUGUUGUGAGUCAUACGCUCUGACGCAUGGCCUAGUAUAUAAUGUGGCAAAAAGUGAAUACUUGGUCUUUGGGGCAGGUGGUGGUAAAUAUCCAGAGGUCGUACCUGUAAUUAAACUGAAUGGUACUGAACUAAAACGCGUCUAUCAAUUUAAAUAUCUAGGUCAUUAUGUGACUGCCGACCUUAAGGAUCAAGUGGAUAUAGAGAGGGAGCGUAGGGCGCUGGCAGUCCGAUGUAAUAUGGUGGCGCGAAGGUUUGCUCGUUGUAGCAAGCAAGUAAAAGUAACGCUUUUCAAAGCUUACUGUCAAGUGUUCUAUACGUGCAGCCUUUGGACCAACUAUACGCAGCGGGCUGUCAGUGCUUUACGCGUCCAAUACAAUAAUGGAUUCAGGAUGCUGAUGGGGCUGCCUCGUUUCUGCAGUGCAUCUGGUAUGCUUGCUCAGGCAGGAGUUGAUGGAUGCCAUGCCAUCAUAAGAAAAAAGUCUGCUUCGCUGCUCUGCAGACUGAGAGCUAGCUCCAACUCCAUCCUGGGCACCAUAGCAUGGAGAUUUGACUCUCCGCUGUUACUAGGAAUUGUUCGUAGAUGCAUUUCGAACAAUAACCUAGUAACAAAAUAAUUUAAAUAUGAACUGUUUUAUUUUACUAACAUA